ACAAUUUAUUCCCCCAAAAUCACAACCUUCCAAUCCUCACCACUCUCUCUCUCACCACUCUCCACCGCCACUUCUUCCACCGCCGCCGCCGCCGCCGCCGCCAUGGAUUCAAAAUCAAAGAAGAAAUCAAAGAAGCCGAAGCACCAGCACCCCAAUGACCAAACCACCUCGAAAUCCGAAUUCUCCUUCAAGCCCUCCUCCGACGUGAAAGGCCUCCGCUUCGGCGGCCAAUUCCUCGUCAAAUCCUUCACCGUCCGCCGCGCCCGCCCCCUCGAGCUCCUCCGCCUCCUCUCCCUCCCCCCCACGCGCCCCGCCCUCCCCUCCGCCGCCGCCUACCUCCCCACCAACUUCACCAUCCUCGCCCACCACGCCUGGCACACGCUCACCCUCGGCCUCGGCACCAAAAAAUCCAAGGUCGUCGUCUUCGUCUUCGACUCCGAGGCCUCCCGCGCCGCCGCCGAGCGCCUCUGGCCGGCCGAGAUCCCGCUCGGGGAGGUCAAUCGCAAGCUGAUCCGCGGCCUCUCCGGCUGCGAGAUGGCGCGAUUCAAGUUCAGGAAGGGCUGCAUCACUUUCUACGUCUACGCGGUCAGAAAAAUUGGGGAUUUAGGGUUUGUCUGCGCCGACGAUUUGAAAUGCGUGCUGCAGUCGGUCGUGGCGCUCAAGGAUUUUAUCGAUCACACGGCGAUGCUCGCCUUGCCGGAGCAGAGGAGUAUUGGCCACGCGCCGCCGGUCGCCGUCGCGCAUUGAGAUUUUAGGAAUUUCUGUUUUACCAUUUUUUUUAAUUCGGGAUUUUUCUUUAUUUGACGAUUUUUUUUUUCGGUGGAA